AUGAAGUAUUUCACUGUCGCGUUGAGCUUGCUAUCGGUGGGAGUUGCUCAUGCUAAACAGCAUGGCUUUCUCAAGGACAAUGGCGAUGGGACCUGGAUCAUCGGCAACGACAUUUGGAACAUGACACAGGACAAAAUCUAUGGCUCCAAGCUAUACUACAAAGACCAAGAGCUUGUCGGUGAAGCUGCUGGCCACUAUGUCAGCUACAACGGCGCAGCCAGCAAUCUCAAUUGGACAGAUGCAAAAAUCGUCAAGACUGGAAGCAACUACGUCGACAUCCAAUUCGAUGCCCAAGAAGGUGAAAUGCAUUGGGUCAUCUUCAAUGGUCUUGCUGGUGCAUACCAGUACUUUGUCAAUCGCGCUUUACCCGUCUUGGGAGAAUUUCGAACGCUCUGGCGGUUGGAUAAUGAGACUUUUACCAGUGCUUACAAUGCAGAUAAGGAUGGGGUGUUGCCUGCAUUGUCUGAAUAUGCUAUCUCGACUAAGAUUCAGGAUGAGACUUGGAAGACGCCUGAGGGAGAUUAUCUGACCAAGUAUGAUUGGUCUGGGUUUGUUAGAGAACAAGAGUAUUGGGGUGUGUAUGGUGAGAAGUUUGGUAGUUGGUAUCUGCAUCCAGGCAAAGACUACUUCAACGGUGAUCAUUUGAAACAGGAACUGAUGGUAAGUGAGCUUCUUACAGAAACCGAUGAUGAUAUUAAUGUUUCCUUAGNNAAUCACCGCGAAUCCGCAACCGGAGAUACCGUCCAGCUCAACAUGAUCCACGGAACACACUUCCAAGCACUCUCCAACGACGUCCUCCCAGACGGCAAAAUCUGGGGCCCCUGGCUCUGGUACCUCAACGACGGCACCAAAGCCGAUGUCGCUCGCCGCUACAACAACGAGAUAAACUCAUGGCCUUACAAAUGGCUGGACGACACCGCAUACCAAUCCCGCAUUACCUCUGUGACAGGCAAACUCAUUCUCUCGGACGGCAGACCAGCCGCAGGAGCUACCGUGUUCCUUGGAGACAACCAUCCGAACAAGACAACCUUGGAUAUGGGGAGUAACUACUACUACACCGCCUACGCAGGUAAUGAUGGCUCUUUUCGCUUCACAGACGUCAGAACUGGUGUUUAUGCUCUGCAAGCCUGGGCAAAUGGUGGCAGUAUAGCAGACCUCACAACCACAUAUCUCAAAAACGACAUCAGCGUCUCUGGCUCUCCAACCAGCAAACUCCGUCUCGAUGAUCUUUCCUGGAUCAGUCCUUCCUCGAGCAAGAUCUUCCGAAUUGGCGCUUUUGACAGAAAGUCCACUGGGUUUGCAUACUCAGGAGGCUUUGGAGCUGGAAGAGUAGACAAGUGUCCUGCAAACCUUACUUACACAGUCAACAGCAGCAAAGACAACGAUUGGUGCUUUGCUCAAAACGCAAUUGGCAGUUAUCGAAUCGCUUUUGCUUUGCCUGCUUCUAACACCACAUCUGAUGCUUUGCUUACUGUUAGCUUGGCUGGCUACAGUCAGGGCACCACUGUCAUUAUCUAUGCUAAUGAUGUGCGUGUUGGAAAUUUGAGCAGCAGUGGUAUACUUUCGGAUCCUAGCUUGUAUCGCUCGGGGACUGUAGCUGGGGAGUGGCAUCAAUUUGAAUUUCCGAUCAAGGGGGGUGUGUUGAAGAUGGACAAUGAGAUUGAUUUUAGGGUUACGAGUAUGUCAUCGAGUCUGUGGAGGGGACCGAUUUAUGAUGCCAUUAAGCUGGAGUGGAUCUAG